AAUUUGCACGAGCAUUUGGCGCACACUACUAAGGAAUUUUUUACUGAGAUCAAUAUGUACGUAAUUAUCUCUUUUCAUCAGCUUUUCAAAUGGCAUCCUGCCGUAUUCCCCAAAUUUUCUCAUUGGUGACUGCUGCUCCUGCCAUGGUGCCGCAAAUCUCAGGUCACAUCUUCAACGUUUUGCUUCCACCACUUCCAUCUCCGGCGAGCCUUUAAAGCAUUUACGGACCGCAGUACUCUGGAUUAGGUUUUUGUAUCUGGAAUAGAUCAGUUGAAAUAAGAUGAUGUGCUCUGAUCGGAUCUUUAUCUCUUCGUUUGCUCCCACUACUCUUGAUUCGAGCUGGGGACGAAGGAUCCCCCAGCGUCAUUCCGCCGUUAGAUGGCGCGUGCUGGCUUUAGGUGAUGCAGAUUCGUCCUUCUCUGCUUCCGUUGACUCCGAUGCCGCGGGCGACUCCACCGACAAAAACCCUGCUGGCUUCUGUAUCAUAGAAGGCCCUGAAACAGUUCAAGAUUUUGUCAAAAUGGAUUUGCAAGAAAUUCAAGAUAGUAUCAGGAGUCGUCGAAAUAAAAUUUUCUUGCACAUGGAAGAGGUUCGCAGGUUAAGGAUACAACAAAGAAUAAAGAAUGCUGAGCUUGGCAUUCUUAAAGAAGAGCAUGAAAAUGAAUUGCCUGAUUUCCCAUCUUUUAUUCCAUUUUUGCCUCCUUUG